AUGGAUAAGCCUAGAUAUACACAUCUUGCAGCAGCAAAUAGGGUGCUGCAGUACGUCAAGGGGACUCCUGGACAAGGCAUUUUUUUGUCCUUUAAAUCAAAGCUGCACCUAAAGGCCUUUGCAGAUGCAGACUGGGCAGGUUGUGUUGACACCAGAAGAAGUGUCACUGGUUUCUAUAUCUUUCUUGGAGAUUCACUAAUUUCAUGGAGAUCUAAGAAGCAAACAACUGUCUCUAGAAGCUCUGCAGAGGUAGAGUACAGAUCUAUGGCAUCAACAGUAUGUGAAUUAACAUGGUUGGUUCAAUUACUCAAGGAUCUACAUGUACCUCACUCUCAUCCAGUCUUGUUAUUUUGUGAUAACCAAGCAGCAUUACAGAUAGCAGCCAACCUAGUCUUUCAUGAGAAAACAAAACACAUAGACAUCGAUUAUCAUGUAGUAAGGGGAAGCUUCAAGCUGGUUUAA